GCAGCGACGCCGCUGAGGGCGGCGAACCGCCGCCGCCGCAUGGCGGCGACGCCGUUGAAGACGGCGAACCGCUGCUCAAGGCGCGCCGGCAAGUUGCCCGCUGCCCCGCUCAUGCGUCGGCAACGGGCCCGCCUGGCCCCGCGGGCGAGGUCCUACGAUAUCCUCUCGCAUCGGCAGAAGAGCGCCCUCGCCGACUCGGGCAGGCCAGUCUUCGAGCUGAAGGCCCGCUACAAGUUAUUCCGCUUGCGGCAGAAGCACGCAGCUGCGCACCGGCAGCAGAAUGCGUGGCUUCCAGCGGACAAUCUCAACGCUGCCGCCGUUCACGCUUACCUGUCCGCGGUUGCUGUCAGCGGGAAUUUAUCCCAACGCAGCGACGAGCAAGCGUUAGGUCAAAGCUCCUGCAAAACCCACAAGGAGGACAUAAAGACGAAACGGAUGACCGCGCGGAGUGGCGGUUGGCUCUUCGCCAUAUCUGCGUCUGGAUGCAUUGUCCACCUGGGCGAAUUCAUGGGGGCUGAGAGCAUCACCCAACGCUACAUGUUUGUGGCACGCUGCUGCGACAUACUCCCUGGCCUCGAAGUCCUGGUUCACGACGACGCCUGCCACCUGUGCCGGUUCGCGCUCCUCAGAGACGGCCAGAGCGACAUGGCAACGAAUAUCUACAAGCUGCGCUACAUCACCGAUCCCUUCCACUCCAAGGGGCACGUCUGGAAGUGGUGUUUGGAGAACUGCGCGCCGACUUUGCCCGGCAACGCCGCGCGGCUGGCUGGCGUCAAUGCCAAUGCGUGUGAGCAUCGAUUCCGUGACCUCGGGCACUACAGGGAAAACGUCAACGCCAUGGGGAAGGAGUUCGCACGUUUCUUCUUGACAGAAAUGAUGGAUUUUCGAAACGUAGAUUGGCUCCGACGCGUGAGAUCAGCUCCGUAG